UGGCUCUGAGACUGGAGGUUUUUAACGUCAGCCUAAAAUAUAUUUGAGCCAACAUGGUACCUUAAGUCCAGUAGUGGCAUUUAGACGUCUGAAGCUCAAUUGGAAAGGAUCUUUUGCAAGCUAUCCUAAAGCGACGUGUGUUAUUAAAAGAGAAAGAAGGGAUGGUAAGGGUGGUGUUCCUGCACCCGGACCUGGGUAUCGGGGGGGCAGAACGGCUGGUGGUGGAUGCUGCGGUGGCGCUGCGCUCCAAAGGCUGUGCUGUGCAGAUCUGGACCGCCCACUAUGACCCCCAGCACUGCUUCUCCGAGACCCGUGACCCUGACCUCCCCGUGGUUUGCGUGGGCGACUGGCUGCCGACCAGCAUCUUUGGCUACUUCCACGCCCUGUGCGCAUACCUGCGCAUGGUCUAUGUGGCCCUCUACCUCAUCUUCCUCAGUGGGGUGGAGUUUGAUGUUGUCUUCUGUGACCAGGUGUCGGCUUGCAUCCCUGUACUGAGGCUGGCCCGCCAGAGGAAGAAGGUCCUGUUCUACUGCCACUUCCCCGACCAGCUGCUAACCCAGCGUCGCUCUGCCCUGAAGAGGCUCUAUCGGGCCCCCAUCGACUGGCUCGAGGAGCGCACCACUGGCAUGGCAGACUGCGUGGUGGUCAACAGUCGAUUCACCGCCGGGGUCUUCAGGCGCACCUUCAAGAGCCUGUCGGCCAUCCACACCGACAUCCUCUACCCCUCGCUCAACCCCACGGCCUUCGACUCCGAGGUGGAGGACCUGGACGGCCUGGUACCGGAGAAGACGUGGAUGUUUCUGUCAAUAAAUCGCUACGAGCGCAAGAAGAACCUACCCCUGGCCUUGCAGGCCCUAGACGCGCUCCAAAGGAAACUUACCCCAGAGCAGUGGGGGAGCGUCCACCUGGUGAUGGCGGGCGGCUAUGACGAGCGUGUGGCAGAGAACAGGGAGCACUACGCAGAGCUGAAAGCUCUGGCCUCCAGCCUGAACCUGCAGGACAACAUCACUUUCCUGCGCUCCUUCUCAGACCAGCAGAAGACCUCCCUGCUGCACCACAGCACCUGCGUCCUCUACACGCCCAGCAACGAGCACUUCGGCAUCGUGCCAGUGGAGGCCAUGUACACCCGGUGCCCGGUCAUCGCCGUAAACUCCGGCGGCCCGUUGGAGUCCAUCGCGGACAAGGAGACGGGUUUCCUCUGCGAGCCCGAGGCAGAGAGCUUUGCUGAGGCCAUGGAGAAGUUCGUCAGGAACCCUCGGCUUCAGCGGGAGAUGGGGGAGGCCGGCAGGCAGAGGGUGCUGGAAAGGUUUUCGUUGGAAGCAUUCGCCAACCAGCUGCACAAGUACAUCCUGAGACUCGCAGAGUAGGACUUCAACAGACCCCAAUCCUGGGCCUAGAGAGCCACAGGGUUUUCUGGUUUUCUUAGCUGGCUGAGCAGCUAAUUGGUCAAUGAACUGGGCAGUUGAUUACUCAAAGUUGUCUUCACUGCUUUCUUGGAUCUGAAUUGGUUCAGUUGAAAAUUAAAACCAGAAGACCCUGCGGCUCUCCAAGGACCAGGGUGUGGGACUUGUGGCAGGAGGGCACUUCGGAAGGAUGCCAGACGCACUGCUGACAGUGCUUCAGCAACAUUCCCUGGAAGUUGUUGCUUGGGAAGGAGACGGAAAGGAAUCUCUGGCCCUCUAAAUGGGGGACUGUGAUUAACCGCAGAUGUGACAAGGGCUGGAACUGGAGGAGAGAGAACAAUAGAGGUGGAACAGUCAGCCUAGGAAAAUAUGUCUGAGAGAGCAUGUAACGAGUUCAUCCACUGCUUUCAUUCAUCAGCAACUUUGGUACCGAGGUACUGCAGCAGCUUUUCUUCUCAUCACAGGCCAUUAAGGAGUCCCUUCAGAAAGAUCAAUGCUGGACAUUUUUGUCUCCCCCUCUUGCUCAACCAAGUUUGAGCUUUGUUCAAUUGUAAUCAUGACAGAAAUAAAAGUUAGGACCAAAACUUGGAAAA